AUGGAUUCGAACGACGCAUCACUACGCGACACACUCUCGCUCAUCGAGGAGACAAGGCUUCCCCACCCUUUGGGACCGCUGCUCUCAUCAUUCGUGACUGAGGCUAUGAACCCUCCGCUCGCUGCUCGCUACAUCAGCGAUAGACUGCUGGCUGGUGAAGGAACCUCCGUAGCAUCUGAAUGGCUGUACAUUCUCGAGUCAGUCACUCAGAACGGCUGCUCUCCGCCGGCCCCAGACACCGCCACUAGGCAAGCCAUCAUGAGGCGAGACGGAGGCAAGUGCUGUAUAAGCGGAAAGGCCGCCAAUUUCCGUGAUCCUCUGGUCGUUUCCCCAAUCCUGCCGGUGCCGUCUGGCUGGGUUUCAGAUGAGCACCAGGAUCGAGUUGCCAGCAUGUUUGGUGCUUUUUUGGGUGCUCCCUACCGGGACUGGUGGAUGUCGUAUGCCCGCCAUCCCGAAAACAUGUCUCCAUACCAUAACCACUGGCUGUUCCAACUGAAACUUGUUCCCGUUGAACCUGUCGGGCAACUCGACGCCGACGGCGUGUAUCCGCUGCUGGCCGAUCACUCACGCUUAGGCAUCCCAAAGAUAGAACCCUGCUUCAUUGGGACCCAUGCUCGCCUAUCACCGAGUAUCCGGCACCUCCAGAUCAGCAAAAGCUUCGGGCCUAAAGGAUUCCAGGUGUCAUCCAAUUCCCCUUCUGAGACGCUACCUCCCGCCCCCAAUUUCAAGGUUGUGCAAUCGAAGCGCUCGGCUAUCAGCCGAAUGCCGAGAAGAAUUUUGCUUUCCAUUUGGCUUAUGGUUCCCAGCAGCCUCAGGAUAGCUGCUUACGAGGUGCUACAACGGCUUGGACAGCGCCGCUAUGGCUCGUGCGAGGAAUCCGGGAGCGUCCAAAUAUUGCCGUUUGGUCUUUACAUGAAGUCUCAUGUGUUGUUCGACCAUGAAGCUGUCGACGAUGAGCUUCGUAAUGAGUUUAAUGCGCUCCAAAUGGUUCUUCGGCAUUCGACAGUCCCUGUCCCAGAGCCACUUGACAUGGUCUCAUCUUCGUCUCGGAGCUACCUCCUCACCACCAGAGUUCCAGGCUCGCCACUAUCGAACUACCGAUACAUCCUGCCCGACGGAGGGUACAAGCAAAUCGCAGUCCAGAUGCGUGACUAUCUGGCUCAACUGAGAAGAACCCCAAAGACCGUCAACCCGGAAAUGGCCAUCUGCAACACGCUCGGAGAACCCUGCAGAGAGCCUCGUAUCCGCUGGGCAAGGCCUAUCGGCCCGUUCGCGAACGAGGCAGCUUUCAACCAGAUGUUGCGGUUCUCGGACGACCCUGCUCGACAUGGGCAUCAAGUAUUCUUUACGCUGCAGAUCUCAACCCCCGGAACAUCCUGA